GCAAUUCCGCGCUCCGCCCGUCAGAUUAGCUACUGGAAGACCGUCAGUUAGUCAGACCGUCGGAAGUUUUCGGGUGAUGGGCUGAAGGUCCAGCUUAAACGGACAACACACGGCUACAUACGAGUUUUUUACAGCUGUGUACGAGUUUGGUAAUGCACAGGUUUAGAAAUGCCAUACGUAGAUAUUCAAAAUCGAAAUUGUGGCUUUCUAGACAUCGAAGAAAUAGAGAACAACGGCAAGUUUUUGCGCCGCUACUUCAUCCUGGACACGGUGGAGGGCAGCCUGGUCUGGUACAUGGAUAACCCUCAGAAUCUUCCAGAGGGAACAUCUAACGUUGGCUCCUUGAAAUUAUCAUAUAUAUCCAAGGUUAGUGAUGCCACCAAACUGCGUCCAAAGGCGGAAUUCUGCUUCGUCAUCAAUGCUGUAAUGAGGAAGUUUUAUCUUCAAGCAAAUGAUAAACAGGAUUUAGUGGAUUGGGUGAACGUGCUCAACAAUGCCACCAAAAUCACAGUGCCAAAGUCAACUGAGCAGUGGUCUCAUACAUCAGAAGUGGUUGCCGACGCAUUGGGUGCCACGAAACAAAUGUCCUAUAAAACAGAGAUCGUUGCAGGAGUUCCCAUCAUCACCACCACGCAGGAGAAAGGGGAAGGUCUGAAUGGAGCCGACAGGAGCGGAUCAAGAAAACCUCACGGUGCGCUGCCAUAUUACCUGAGCCGUAGUUACCAGGACCAGUCGGUGAUCAAAGCCGGAUAUUGUGUUAAACAGGGAGCUGUGAUGAGAAACUGGAAAAGAAGAUACUUCAUACUGGAUGACAAGAACCUCAGCUACUUCAAAUCAGAUAUGGAGCGAGAGCCGCUACGACCUAUCCCACUGAAAGAGAUCAACAAGGUGCAGGAAUGUAAGCAAAGGGAUGUGAUGAUGAGAGACAAUCUAUUUGAACUAGUUACUACCUCGAGAACUUUCUAUAUUCAGUCUGACAGCCCAGAGGAGAUGCACGGUUGGAUCAAGGCUAUCUCUGGAGCCAUAGUGGCCCAGCGUGGCCCCGGACGAUCAGCAGCCUCUAUGCGUCAGGCCAGACGGCUCUCAAACCCUUGUAUACAGAGGUAUACAACCUGCAAUGGUGAAUGUGCCACGAGCACGUCGAACACCCCUCAAUCUUCUACGGUGAACCGAGUCUCCCAGAUGGUGCCGCACCACUUCCCAUGGAACUCGGUGACCCAGAGGGCCGUUCCUCCUCGGGCCCUCAGCAUGGCGUGGGAGGGGCCAGACCUCAGCAGCUUGUUGCCGGGGACGCGAUCGCGUUUGUCGCUCCAGGAGUCAUCCCAAAUGUUCUUCAAGUAAAUGCAGAUUCUUCUAACCCUUGGCAGCCACGAAGCAGCGAGAAAGAGCCUUCGAAUUACUCUUCGGAUGAAGAUCAGCAGGCUACAAUGGUGUAAGAGUACUUGCUUUAGUACGCAUACACAAAUAGCAAAUAAUGACGUGUAAUUUAACAGGAGGAAUGUGAAUAGUUUUAGCCGAGUGCAUCUGGACAAGGACAGGGAGUGAACUGCACAUUAGGUUCAUAAACCGGAGAACUUGGACCGUUUGGGAGGACUAAGAAUUUAAUUUCCAUCUAAAACUCAACUGUGUUACCAUUUCCCAUCUAUAUUUUUGACUAAGCUAUUUGGUAGAGAUGUGAAAGUUUGGGCUAAUAUGAUCACUAAUAAUUAUUUUUUGCUAUAGUAUAUACAUACAUCUAUAAGGUUUGUCCGUUGUGAGAAAAAUAUACCGACCGCAUAAAGUUAAAUCACUUCAGCAAUAAGGAAUAAAAGGAUAAAAGUGUGACAGGAUUGUUUAGUACUUUUGCACCGUGUCAAGACUACACAGCUACAAUCGAAAAGUCUGUAAAAGAAAAGAUCAAAGCAAUCUAAGGUUAUUUGUAGGCCUACUCCGAAAUGAUUCUCAGUUUUUCUGAAUUUACUAUUUAUAGAUACGUGUUUUUAGAUAGACAUUUUUGUUUCAUUCGAUGAACUACUGAUAUCAGUUCUCAGAAUUCUGAAUAAAAGUCUUGUUCUUAAUUUCUAUUUAUUUGCAAAACAAAUAGAUCAAAAAUGUUUUCAAAUCUUGAAUACUGCAAAAAAAAACAUUACUUAUGUUUUUACAUGUAUUUUAAGAACAGAAUAUUUAAUUAAAAAGCAUUCAUCUUGGCAUGCUCUUUCACAUUGUUGGGUGACUGUCACUUCUGGAUUUGUGAAUUCAAUUGACACUGGACUGGAAUAGACUCUAUUCAUGCAGAACUGCUGAUUAAUGGCAUAUUUGGUGUGAUGUCUCAAAAAAUGUUUUAAAGGAGCUUCACCUAGAGUACUGAUACAGCUGAUGAAUAAAAACACUACAGAUACACAACGCCAAUAAAUGUACUGUAUUCACUUCUGGGUUUAGAGAUGGCUUAACAACAUCUCAUAUAUUUUAGGUUGGUAUUCUACUAAAUGUAGUGCUUUUCUUUGGGAUACAUGAUAGACUUUUUGUCGUAAUCUACUUGCUUUUGAGCACACAGGGUUAAGGCGAACAUAUUUUUGUCCGUAACCUUUUCUGAUAUUGUUUGAAUGUAUUAUAAACAGUGUAAACUGAGUUUUAGAAAAAAACGGUCAAAUUAAUUUGUUAAAGCAGACCACAACGUCAUGCAGAUAUAUGUUUGCUGUAUAGAAAAUGUAUUUGUGUUUUACAUGUCAUUUCUACCAACACAAUGCCUGUCAAAUGGUGUGUUCCUGAAAACUCUUUUUGGGAGGAAAACAUUUGUUUGGCAGUUCAAUGCACAUAGAAACGAACUGAUAAAUAAUUGAUCAUGCCCGGAUCGAACAAACCACACAAACAAAUAAAAAAUAGCCAUUUAAAAAAUACAAUUCUGCUUUUUUAUGUGUUAAUGUUAACAAAUCAAGUGUUAUCUAGAUUCAGUGACCCUUAUGCUCAAUAUCUCAUACUUUUAUUAUACAGUUAUUGUGCUGUGCUAUGUUUAGUAACCUGUAAUGUAUGUGGCCUCACAGAGUAAUACAUGAAAAAUGUAUUGUGCUUAACUAUAGUUUGGGGGCAUUUUUGUCCAUAUUUCUUUUUAAAGAGUGGUAAGGAUUGUGUUAGAGUGUGCAGGCUCUAUACUUAGCUUUCUAGAAACAAUAGUUUCAAUUUAUUUGACAGGGUAAACAGGUGUGUAAGUUUACUUAGCUGUGUUUUAGUAAAAUGUAACAACACCUUCCUUUUUAUGUUUGAGAGUAAUUGAAGCUCAUGUAAGGGCUUGUCUGCCCAAAACAGUUAUCCACAACACUCACCGCACAGCUAUAGAAGAGCCUGAAUUCUUUAUCUAUCUUGAUGUCUUCCCAGCUUGAGUUUUCCCUCAAGCUACCAGGUUGUAUUCGCACCAGCAUAAGGAUCUCUGAAGGACGCUGCUGAGCGGAGUUGCAUAUUUGUUGUAGACUACGUACACUAAACAACAGCCAAUGCUCCACACAGAGAUCUAUUCUCAUCAUCUUCCAGUCUGUCUGGAAUGAAACAGAACUGAGACUCAUUAAAUGCAGAAGAACUGUGGUAACGUCUCCAAGAUGCUUCAAACCUACCUGCAAAGCUACAGUACUGCAAAAUGUUUUAGACACUUGUUGUAUAAUGAGGACGCCAAGUCAAAAAGUCAAAAAAAAUAUUCUAUUAACUACAUAAAAUCAACAUUUGGUUUGAGCAUCAUUUGCAUUUAAAGCAGCUUUUGGCCUAGAUGCGCUUGCGCAUUGUUUUUCAGGUAAUGUAGCUUUGCAGGUAGGUUUCUUGAAACAUCUUGGAGACCUUGCCACAGUUCUUCUGGAUUAAGUCUUUUGCAUGGACCAGCUUUGUUUACAUCUUCCAAAAUGGUCUGUAUCACGCUGAAAGACCUUUAAGGUCUUUCAAACUUUUAAGUGUUGGCCAAAUUUUGAAGCAGCCAUGGAAACACUGACAGAAAGAGGUGAUCUAUUAUAUCCAUAACACUACUGCACUACUGCUAUAACUUAUCAUUGUAUAUACCCAUCUGUAAAUGUAAAUAGUAAUAGCCAUCUGUAGAUAUAUCAUUUUUAUUUUCCAAAAAAACACAAGAACAUCCAACAUCCUGAGCAUAGGCGAGCCACCUGUAUAUUAUGUUCAUUGUACAUACCCAUCUGUAAACUACUUCCAUAAUAUUGUAUAUUCCUGCACUUAUGCAACCGCUGUAUAUCCUGCACUUGCUGCCAUUGCACUUCUGG